GUCCAGAUUCCAGAUCUUUGGCUCUUGAUUCAUCUCACAAGAACAGAACGUCUACCUCUCCCAUCCCCAGACUAUCCAAAGCAUCCUCGUCUGUUCAAUGGAUCCAAGUACGUCGCAGGAAGACCAGCCCCCAUAAUUAUACUCCACCUAUAUUCCUCCAUUUGCGCCGACUUCGCUUGUUCCGAACCGUCGUCAUCCGCUGUCGUAUGCGAUUCACCGCUGUCGACGCACCUUGAACUAUUCUUGACCAGUCGCAAUCAUGCACGGAACAGGAAUCAUAUGGAGCUGAUUGCGAUAAUUUCCUCGAAUUGCCAUAUGCCCGGGAUUGCUAGCGGAAAGCUGGUUUAUCCAUAUGGUUGGAUAUGGCCUCUGUCAUUGAAGACCAUGUCUUUACACCAUCAGACCUGAACAACUCGAUGGAGCUGACGGAUUUGGAACACAGCUCGGAUGCUCAGAUCCUACAAUUACAAGACCAAGACAUCCAGCCGCCAGAUGCAUCGGUGUCUGAAUCCAAUGUUCAGGAAGCAACAUCAGUCGAUGGCGGUCAAACUCCAACCCUCGACAGCCCCGCGUCUGAUGCGUCGCGCAUAAAAGGGAACAAGAAGAAAAAGGGAACUGGGCUUUCUGGGAAAUCCAGAAGAGUCCGUACGGGUUGUUUGACCUGUCGGGAGCGCCAUCUCAAGUGCGAUGAAGCUUUACACCGCUGUCAGAAUUGUCGCAAGUCAAACAGGGUCUGCAGGCGUGGUCUCCGUCUCAACUUUAUCGAUACGCAAACGGCUACUCCUCCUCACGCCCUCCUUUGUCCGCCAGGGACUCAAUUGACUUUUCGGGAUGAAUCCAGAUACAUAGCAUCGGAGUAUGUCGGUGGCUUCGAGAGAUAUCCCCCUCUAGAGCUAGUUCCUCAUAUCAUACAAGAAGGCCCACCCCAGGAGGGGGGGCCCAGCAUCAUAAGCUCCGAUCCAAUCCCUCAACCUAACUCAUCGGCCACUCGCUCGUUUGUUCAAGCAUUUGAAGCUACCCAGUCCGAUGCGAUCGAUAUUAUGCUUAAUAGUCAUUCCUUUUCCCCAUUCCACCCUCCUUUCCAAGAACAACCCAUACCAUACGCUCCUUUUAGCUUGACGAAGGAAGUAAAUCUGGAUUCUGAUGGCCAAUCGUACUUUCAUGAUCCAGAACAAGUUUUCCUGAUGCAAGUCUUCGUCGAUCAAGUCGGGAUAUGGAUGGACUUAAUGGAUUCCAUGAAGCAUUUCACAGAAAUUCUGCCAUUUCGCGCUUUGGAAGAGCCUAUGCUUUUGAAAGCCCUUUUGGCAUGCGGCGCCCGGCAAUUUUACCAUGUCAAUCCUGCGUACGGCGAAGAGAAAGCUUCCCAGUUUUAUGAAGCAGCUUCUCAGGACCUUUUCAACAACUUGCAGGAUCCAGACCGUGAUUCCACCCUGUGUGCCACCACGGCUGUCGCUCUUAAUGUUUAUGAAACCAUGUGCUCUAGGUUCUUGCACGGUAUGAACCAUAUUGUUGGUGCAAGGGUCCUAAUUAAAGAGUGCUGCUGGGAUGCGAAAACCCUCGGCCUUGGUGGAGCAUGCUUCUGGCUCAACAUUGGGUUAGAACUGCUAAGUUGCUUACAAUUCAACUGGACUUUAGCCUGGAGUCCCGAUUCUUGGGGGGUAGACAUGGAUAUGGAUCGAGAACAGCAGCAUUUUGCAGGGGAUGAGGAAAUAUGGGCUCACCGGAUGGUGUAUAUCUGCGCUAAGAUUUCUGAUUUCCGCUCGUCCAUCUCCCAAUUCCCCAUUUUGGACCACACGACGAGUGAGAUGCUCAUCAAUCAGCGGUAUCAGGAAUGGGAGGCCUAUAGCAGAUUAUGCGAUCAGUGGGCUAAAGCUGCACCACGAUCUAUGAUGCCUCUUUGCUAUCUCCAUUCCUGGCAGACCAACUCAAAAUCUAAUUUCCCAGAGAUUUGGCUCAUCAAACGACCUGCUAUUGUGGCCCGGUUAUUCUACCAUACUGCGCGGCUUCUGCUAUCUAAAACAUACCCAUUGGAAUCUGAAUUCAGCCCGAGCAUGCGAAACAUGCAGCAAACCCAAGCGCAUGAUAUUUGUGGCAUCGUGGCCCAUGUGAAAGAUCGAGGUCUUGCAAGUCUAUCCAUUCGCUUCCUCGCCACUGCCGCAGAGUGUCUGGCCACGAGGGAAGCCCAGGAGGAAGCCCUACGAAUCCUUGACAACCUAAUUAAGAAAACCGGUUGGCCAGCAGAAUACAUCAAGGAAGAACUCCAAGCGACUUGGGGCUGGGAUAUCUCCCACCAGCAACACCAUGCCUUGAGCUCUACGACUCAUAUCCCAGCACACCCAAAAAACAAUCCUCUGAUGGCCUAUUCAGAUUCUUCGAUGGAGAAUCAUCCAUAUCAAAACUAUUACGUUCCCCCGCACCACCCGAUUGAUCAUUAUCAGUACGGGGCAUUCUAGAUCUGGGUAUUUCUGACUCUUGAAUGGCGUUUGUCUUGGUUUUAUUUGGUUUAUUUUUCUUCUUAAGCGUUAUCUGCUAUAUGAUACCAUUAUGCUUGAAUAGGUUAUUUGGACUUUGGUGUACUAUUUUUCUUCGACUUCAUGAUGUACACAUGGAUACUCUGUACUGUUGGAUUAUGUACACUAUUUCAUAAAUAC